CACAGCGUUCAACAGCUGUCCCAACACCCUGGUGUCAGCGUGACUGGGCUGGGGUAUGAGCCCUGCUUUGGUGUCCAGGAGGGCUCAGGAGACACCUACACUCAGGGGCCUGGAGCCACUGGUAUCUUACUUACCAAAGUGAGCUCAGUAAGGGGAGGAGCCCUCUUCUACAACCUCUGAGAGAGGAAAGAGGUCAAGUGGGAAGCAUGAGGAUACCUACGGCCCAGGCCUGGUGACAUCUCUGUGAACAGUGCCCCGAUUUAAAGAGCGGAUCGCCUUUAGAACCAGAGCUUGAGCCGGAGCCAGAGUCCAAACGGAGCAGGAGCCGCCAUGCCACCGGGGCCCUCGCCCCCUUCUCUGCUGCUGCUGCUGUGGCUACUGGUGACCAGCAUGUGGGCGGCAGCCGGAGGAGGGGCCGGCGGGGGAGGCUACGCUCAAGUGAAAUACGUGCAGCCCAUGGUGAAAGGACCUGCCGGGCCCCCCUUCCGGGAAGGCAAGGGCCAAUACCUGGAAUUGCCACCACCAAUGCUGCCAAUGGACCUGAAAGGGGAACCUGGACCACCUGGAAAGCCUGGCCCCCGGGGCCCCCCAGGACCUCCUGGUUACCCUGGAAAGCCAGGGACAGGCAAGCCAGGUCUGCAUGGUCAGCCAGGCCCUGCUGGCCCCCCAGGUUUCUCUAGAAUGGGUAAGCCAGGUGUCCCAGGUGUCCCAGGCAAAGUGGGCAGCAAGGGUGAGCCGGGCCCCAAGGGUGAGCCGGGCCUUCGGGGAGACCAGGGCCUUCGAGGACUGCCAGGGCCCCCUGGACUUCCGGGCCCAUCAGGCAUUGCUGUCACUGGCAAACCAGGCCCACAGGGGGCUCUGGGCCCACAAGGCUUUAGGGGGGAACCAGGCCCCAGAGGAGAGCCGGGACCUCGAGGGGAAAAAGGCCUCAAGGGUGACAAUGGGGUGGGCACACCAGGCCAGCCAGGUGUCCCAGGCAAUGGAGGGCCCCCUGGCCCUCCAGGACCUCCAGGUCCCAUGGGCUUGGGCAAACCUGGUCUGGAUGGGCUUCCAGGUGCCCCAGGAGACAAGGGAGCCACUGGGGCCCCUGGGGGACCAGGACAAACUGGGGAACCAGGGGCCCUGGGCCCAAGGGGGCCCCCAGGACUAGAUGGCAUUGGGGUACCUGGGGCAGUAGGUGUGCCUGGGCCCCAGGGGCCUGUAGGUGCAAAGGGAGAACCAGGAAUCAGGGGCCUUCCUGGCCUGCCAGGUCCUACAGGCUACGGGAAGCCAGGGCUCCCAGGCCUCAAAGGGGAAAGGGGCCCAGCAGGGGUCCCAGGAGGGCUGGGUGACACAGGUGAGCCAGGAGAGGAUGGGGAGCCGGGUGAACCUGGACCUCAGGGCCUCAUGGGCCCUCCUGGCCUUCCUGGGUCCAUGGGACUACCAGGGAGGCAUGGGCUACCUGGACCCAAAGGGGAUGCAGGCCCAAGUGGGCCUCCAGGGGUGCCUGGGAUCCGAGGAGACCAGGGGCCAAGUGGCAUUGUGGGUAAGCCUGGGGUUGUUGGAGAGAGGGGAUUACCUGGGGCACAGGGACCUCCAGGGCCAAGUGGGCCCAAGGGAGAACCAGGCAUCAUUGGGCUUCCUGGGGGACCAGGUGCAGCAGGAGGACUGGGGCAGAAAGGGGAGGUAGGCCUUCCAGGCCAGCCUGGCCUGAGGGGGCCUUCAGGGAUUCCUGGGCUUCAGGGCCCAUCAGGGCCUAUCGGGCCCCAGGGGCUUCCAGGUCUGAAAGGGGAGCCAGGCCUCCAGGGUCCCCCUGGGGAAGGAAGGGUGGGUGAGCCAGGGUUAGCUGGACCCACAGGGCCCCCUGGCAUCCCUGGAAACCCAGGACUUAAUGGCCCCCCAGGGCCUCCGGGGCCCCCUGGUCCACCUGGGCCCCCCGGGGGGUUGGAUGAGAUGGGCAUCGCAGGGCUGCACUUGCCCAAUGGUGGGGUUGAGGGGGCAGUGCUAGGCAAUGGCAGAGGGGCCAAACCCCAAUCUGGUCUCGGGGAGCUGUCAGUCGGCGUUGCCCCAGCUUUUACUGCUGUGCUUACAUCACCUUUCCCUGCUUCGGGGAUGCCAGUCAAGUUUGACCGGACACUGUACAAUGGCCACAGUGGUUACAACCCUGCCACGGGCAUCUUCACCUGCCCCAUUGGUGGCGUCUAUUACUUUGCUUACCAUGUGCAUGUCAAGGGCACCAGUGUGUGGGUGGCUCUGUAUAAGAACAAUGUGCCUGCCACCUACACUUACGACGAGUACAAGAAAGGCUACCUGGACCAGGCAUCAGGUGGGGCGGUGCUUGAGCUCCGAGCUAAUGACCAGGUCUGGGUGCAGAUGCCCUCGGACCAAGCCAAUGGCCUCUACUCCACCGAGUACAUCCACUCGUCCUUCUCUGGCUUCUUGCUCUGCCCCACAUAACAGGCCAGGGGCCCCGGGCCACCAACUCCCCCUCCCACACCCAUCUUUAGUCGUAGUGUUAUUUUUUAAUUAAAAGCAAAGGACCUGGUGGUUAGAGAGAAGACACUGGGAGAUGGCAGUGGCCAGAGACCUGCUUUCUUCUUCCGAUUGCUUCUGAAAGAGACUGAUCCCCAAGGAGGCUUUGCAAAGGUGGGACUGCCUCCCCUCCCCCAUUCCUCCUGGGACUGGUGCUGAAGAUGGUGCUAAAUCGAAGGAAACUGCCACUGACCAGCUUCCGAGAUGAUGAGUAUUAAAUCAUACUCAGGGCGCGUGGCUCCUGGCUUCCAGGCCAUUCCUAUCCCAAGGACCAGGGGACUCAGGGGCCUUCUGUGUGUGUGUGUGUGUGUCUUGGGGCAGAGACUCACUGACCAUUCUUGAAAAUCUGCCUCUCUAUUCCUGGGCUUCUCUUCUGGGUGAAAGAAGUGGGGGCCUCUCACACUCAAACUGCACUGAGGAUCCAGAGAAGCUUCCUAUCCCAACUGCCCCCAGCUGCCAGUGUAUGGGGCUCCUGGCUCCAAGGCAAGUUUUAUUUUGGGAGAGAGAGGACAAGCCCUUAAGGGGACCUGUGUAGGGUCCCCUUAGGACAAAGUGCAAUAGGCUUAUUGUCUGUACUGAUCACAGUCUCCCCCUAAGCAGUCCAGUGAGAUGGGUGAAUAAGGGUGAAACUUGAGCUUGCUUCUGGCUGUCUUCCGUGGGGAUAAUACUACAUGUUUCCUUGCCUUCUCUAAUCUCCCACAGCCGGAGCUCCUGCUGGAGGAAGGGGAGGGAAAAUGUGGAGACGGCACCAGAGAAAGAUCCAUUUCCUAAGGGGCAGGAAGACAAGGGUAUGCAGGUGUGUGGGUAGGGGGGUGGUAGUGGUGAGAAAGGCACCUCCAAUGCCCCUGAGUGGCUGGGGUGUCAUGUAUUCUGUACUGGGAUCCUGCAGUUAACCUGCCUCCCCCAGGCCCAAAUAAAGAGCCCUUAUGUGUAAGGCUAAGGCACUGCUCAGCAAGGUCAGGGGAGCUGCCAGUCUGUGGUAGAUUGAACUGGAGUGUAGGUAUUUAUUGGAUUCUUCACUCCCACUUCACUAUCCUGAACAAGAGCCAUAAAGCAAGGGGUCGGGGGCCCUCUCCCAUUUCAUUUUGAUGUUCUAUGUGAUCUUAGGGUCCAGAAAAAUAAAGAGCAGAAAAGACUGGAUGGUAACAGAUGUUAGUCUUGGCAGCCACAUCUGGAAAGAAGACAGAGGGCAGUCAGGUUGUUUGCUUCCUGACUUCUAAUUUCAAGUGUAUGUUCACAAAAGAGGCAGGAGACGACUUUUCCAUGGCUCUCCAUGCCAGAGGGUUCACUCCUGGGUGAUGGCUGCAGCAUAUUCUCUGGUCACCAG